GAACUGCUUCCCUUCUCGUUUUUACUAGGUGAUUCAUGGCUGCCUAGCCAAAUUACCAGAAGACCCCCUCACACUGAUUUCGUCAUAAUCGGCGGCUCAGAUCUUGGUUAUGAACGUGCUUUACCAUUCUGGAAAGUAGAGAUUAAGACCUUUCCAACGCGUAUAAGCUCAUUUCUAGAAGUUACCUGAGCAGCACGCAAUGAUUCGUUGAGGUCGUCAGACUUAAUCUCUAAUUAGUUCUCUCCAGAUUUGCACGAUUUCCAUCAGUGGUAUCAGAGCCACGGUUAGAGGACGUUCUUUCCUCCAUUGGAAGAGAUAUAGAGAGGCUUGAAGUGCUCCAGAUCUAGGGUUUGACAUGGCCCAAAAGUUGGAUGGCCCUCCUAGGUUUACCGGCUCGGACUUUUCGCUAUGGAGGUUCCAGUUCACACUAUGGCUAGGUAUUAAGGACCUAGAAAGUGUGUUGGAUGGAUCGGAGAAGCGACCACGAGCUGACUCUGGGGAGGCGUCUACUGGAGCAACCAGCCAAGUGGGAUCCGGAGCUGGGGGAGCGUCGUUGAGUGGGGUGAAGGAAGGAGGAACUGCUGCAACCCGAACCGGAAGGUCGCAACCAAGUAGCGAGGAGUUGCUCAAAGCUCAAGAAGCAUGGGAUCGGAAGGAUCGCCAGGCUUUUCAGUACCUGUGUUGGGCUUUGGAGGGGCAACUUGAGCUUCUUAAGAUGCUGAUUGACCUGAAGGGGAAGGAAGGUGCAGCGGCUGCAGCUUGGAAAAGAGUACAAGAUAGGCACUUGCAGAAAGGGCUUCUAAGCGUGCUUACUUGGCGGAAGCGGUUUUACACCAUGGAGCGGAACUAUGGGGAGGGGGAGACCAUGGUUCAGUAUCUCCAGAGGGUGGAUGAGAAUGUGCGGGCUUUGGAGGAGCUGGAUUACACGGUAGAUGAGAAGGAGAUCAUCUAUACUGCGCUCCAAGGGUUGGAUCAAGCGGCUAAUGAGGCAUUACUACAGUACCUUCACCUCGAGCAACAGAAAUGGACCAAGGUGUGGAUUUGGGAGGUUCUAAUUUCUGAUGAGGCUCGCAAGGUUGAUGCUGGAAGAGGUCUAGAAGGAGGCAUGGGUGCAGCAGAUAAAGCUUCCUUCAGGAAAGGCUAUCAACAGCAAGGAGGUGGGGGGAAGAAGAAAGAGUUGGACAAAUGCCUUGUGCCCGGAUGCAACAAAAAACACUCUUGGAAGAGUUGCUGGAGUAGGCCUGAGGGAUGGAAGCCUCACGGCUACUCUGGAGAGGCCCCACCAGUGACCAAACCUGAUUGGGUGGAGAAAAGGAUGAAGAAGGGGCUCUGGAAUAAGAAGGGCAGCAAGGGAGCAACGGCCGCAGCUGCUAAGGAUGAGAAGGGGAAGGGCCAAGACGACUCCUCCGAUGAUGGUUUCUCGUUUCUCAUGCUAGGGCAGGAUGCAGCUCUCGCUGGUCGUGCAUUGGCUGAUCCCAACUUCCUGGUUCUAGACUCUGGAGCAACAUCUGGGAUGCUUCCUCGCCGUGAUCUCUUCACCUCCUACCAUCCUCUCCCACCAAAUUCGAGGAACGUGAUUGUUGGGAGCGGAGAUUUGCUGCAAGCAAUUGGCACGAUCACCAUUAAGGGGAAGGAGGGGGAGCUAGUGGGUGUGAAGGGGGUCCUUCACGUCCCUGGUUUGGCUGCAAACCUCCUUUCAUGCUCGCAGCUGGCUAAACAGGGAUACAUCUGCACUUUCACGGAGGGAGGGUGUACUGUUAGAAAGGGUGAAGCUGUGGUGAUGGAGGCAAAGCUGGACAAGGGUUUAUACCUUGUUCCAGCUUGUGUGCCUAAUUGUUACAAGGCACAUAUGGUUUUUUCUGAGGAAGCCGCUUGUAGCACUCGCUGGAGGCAGGUGGAAACGGUGUCACCUGAGUUGCUACACCUUCGCAUGGGGCACGCGGGGAAGCAGCAACUGCUGGAGUGUGUGAAGAAGGGGGAGCUGAAGGGGGUGGAGGUCAAGAAAGGAGCUGGGCAGCAGAGCAAAUGUCCCGACUGCACGUCUGGAAAGCUGCCUAGAACCUCAUUCCCUAUCUCCUCUGAUCAUGCCUCGACUCCCCUUGAGCUGGUGCACACAGAUGUGUGUGGACCGAUGCAAACUCCUGACCGGGAAAGGGGCAGCAGGUACUUUGUCACCUUUCUUGAUGACUUCAGUCGACUUAGCUGGGUCACCUUGGUGAAGACCAAGGAUGAGGUGGCAAAGGUGUUUAAGCGGUGGAUACGCUAUGUGGAGAGGGAAUCAGGGGCCAAGGUAAAGGUGUUAAGGUCAGAUCGGGGUGGAGAGUACCUUGAGAAAGAACUUCAAACCUUCUUGGAAGAAAAGGGUAUUACCCACCAGCUCUCUGUACCUUACACGCCGCAGCAAAAUGGGGCAGCGGAGCGGCUUAACAGGACCUUGACCGAUUUGGCUCGGGCCAUCCUUUCCCAUGCCGAGCUUGAUAACACUUGGUGGGGGGCAGCAGUGCAGUAUGCCAACUGGGUGAAGAACAGGAUGGGCAGCAAGGGGCUUGGAGGCAAGAGCCCAUACUCCUUAUGGACAGGGAAGUUGCCGAAUGUUUCCAUGGCACGAGUGUGGGGGUGCAUGGCACAGUAUAAGGUACCUGACCAGCAAAGAAGGAAGCUAGAUCCUAAGGCACAGUGGGGGAUCUUCCUUGGGUUUUCUGAGAGGAGCAAGGCUUGGGUGCUGUGGAGUGUAGCUGACCAGCGUGUGAUGGAGAGCCGUGAUGUGGUUUUCCAUGAGGGGCUGAAUUUUAAGGGGUGGAAGGAGCAUGGUACAAGCCAAAGUGGGACUUCUAUUCAAGACCCUCAUACGGCUUCUAUCUUUGAGGGGGCAUGGGAGGACCCUGGAGAUGAAGGGGAGGAGCAGCAGGAGGAGCCAGAACCAGCUGAUCCUAACCAUGAGGAGUCCCGAGAGACAGAUUCUACCCCUCAGCCAGCCACGCAGGCCGAUGCGCAUGAUGAUCAUCCGGAGCAGCAUGUGCCUUCAACUCCAUCGAGAAGCAGUUGGCAGCAGUUGUUGGACCAGCAGCUGUCCAAGACUCCGAGGACUCCAAUGAAGAGGGUGACUUGGGAGGAGAAGCUGCGGAGGCUGGAAGAAGGAGAGGCAACACCUCUGCGACGCAGUGCUCGAAUUUCCCAGCCACCUGAAAGGUUUACCCCGGGGCACAUUGCACGCAUGCAUGAUCAUCUUGUGUCUGAUUUGGAUGAUUGCAUGCUUGUGGACAUGCAUGGGCAUGAGUAUGCUCUUGAUGUGUGUCUAAUGGGUCAGGUGCAUGAGCCUAGGUCAGUCCACGAGGCGCUGAACCGUCCAGAAUGGGUUGAGUCCAUGCAUGAGGAGCUUGAGUCUCACAAGGUAAAUGGAUCAUUUGAGCUGGUUGAUCCAGCAGUGGUACCACCUGGUUUGGAGGUCCUCAGGUGUCAAUGGGUUUGGAAAUACAAGCAUAACCCUGAUGGUACUGUUGAGAGGCCUAAGUCCAGAUUGGUGGUGAUGGGAAACACACAGAAAUUGGGAGUACACUAUGAAGAAGUGUACUCUCCAGUUGGGAAGCAUGCGACCUUGAGAGGUCCGGUGGCAUUUCAUUCGGGAGAUGGUAGCUGCGGGUGAGGUGAUUUUGCAGUGGUGCCCUACCAACCGUCAGGCUGCUGAUAUUCUUACCAAGUCUCUUCCAUUUGAGCGUCAUGGUGUGUGCAUGACCUUGCUCGGGAUGCAGCCCCAUGAUGACAGAGUUCCCGCAGCAGAUGCCGGCGUCUUGGUGCUCCUCUCCUUGGCGGACUCCAUGCUCUGGGUGGCCCCAACUCAUGGGCAAGGGGGAGUGGUGUGAAGGCAUUUGCCCUAUGGUGUUGAGCCACACCCAGCACGAGCAAGGGGGAGUGAUAAAUGUGUAGUGUUCUGUGGUGUGAUUUGCUCUAGCUGGCUGUGGGCUAUUGGGAUUUGGGCAAAAGAAUUGGGUUGGUUGGCUAGGUUUGAUCUCGUUACCUUUCCAACCCAUACUACCCCAUACCCACUACAACAUCUUUGAUGUUGCAGCCGUGGCACUUGGGAGUGUUAGGGUUUGGUUCAGGGCGAGGGUUGGUGUUGUUUGACAAUCAAAUACCCCAACUUUUUCAGAUCGAACUGCUUCCCUUCUCGUUUUUACUAGGUGAUUCAUGGCUGCCUAGCCAAAUUACCAGAAGACCCCCUCACACUGAUUUCGUCAUAAUCGGCGGCUCAGAUCUUGGUUAUGAACGUGCUUUACCAUUCUGGAAAGUAGAGAUUAAGACCUUUCCAACGCGUAUAA